GGCAGAAAUUCAAAACUGCUUGAAAACGCAUGUCUAGUCUUGUUGGAUCUGUAGUCACUGCUUCAAAUUAUGACUACUUGAUGAUAAAUCCAAUUUAAUAGAAUUAUUUAUUUUGGUUUUGGUAGUUUAUACUUGUAUUUGGAAUGAAGGUUUAUAACUGCAUAUUUUGUUGUGUCCUUUUUUUAGUAAUAAGUAAUUGAUAGUUUUCAUUCGAAAACACUGAUUUAAUGUAACCACAAACAUUUUGGUAUGUAAACAUAUUUGUAUAUUAUAUAUAGAAUGUGGCCUCAAGAGUAUAUUGAAUUGAAGCAUAUAGAUAAUUUAUUAGUCUGUGGAAUAUGCUAUGAGUACAUGGAUACUUCUGUUAUAACAGCAUGUUCCCAUAAUUAUUGCUCCUUGUGCAUUAGAAAGUAUUUACAUUAUAAAACUCAAUGCCCAGCAUGUUUCACAGAAACAUUUGAAAAGGAUUUAAGAAAAAAUAAAGUGCUGGAUGAAAUUAUUGCACAAUUUGUAAAAGUCAAAGACAAAUUAAAGAUAUGUGUACGAAAUCAGGUAAUGCUUAAACACAAUAAUGAAGUUGAAGAAAAUGUUUUGAAUACACCAAAAUUAAUGCGUCAAUAUAAAGAUGUAAAUAUAAAUAGUCAAGAGAGGAACAUUCUUAAUAAUAGUCUUAAAUCUAUAAAUAACACAUCACCUUCUGUAAGUGUACAAAAAGAUACAUGUGGUCCUAGUACCAGUGGUAAACCUAGAAUACCUUUAAUGUUUACACCUAAAUGUUAUAAAAGUUCAAGUGUAACAAAUAUGGAAGAGACCAAAGUUGUUAUAUGUCCAGUGUGUAAAGUCAGUAUUUCAGAAGUAAAGAUAAACAGACAUCUUGAUGAUUGUCUGAAAAGAGAAGCAGUUAAAGGAAAACCACAGAUAGAGGAACCUAAGCGAGAACCGCUACCAAAGUUAGUAUUUAGUCUGAUGAAAGAUGCAAUGUUAAGAAAAAAAUUAAAAGAAUUUGGUUUAUCAACACACGGAGACAGAAAAACUAUGGAAGCUAGAUUGCAAAGAUAUAUUGUCCUCUAUAAUGCAGAAUGUGAUAAACCAAAUCCAAGAUCAGUCUUAGAAUUAGUUAAACAAUGUGACGAUGAAGAGAAUCUAGAGAAAAAAAUUAAUAAAACCUCACUGUUUCUAAAUAAAUUACAAAUUAACCGAAAUACAGAACAAAAUAUUAUAGAGGAUGAAAGAAAAAAGUAUUUGGAAGCGCAUAAAAAUAGUUUCGAAAAUUUAAUAAAAAAAAUUAAGGAUACUGAGCCUCCAAAGAAAUCGUCUGCAAGACGAAGUUUGUUGCGUGAAUAUGUGGAUGACAAUAAAGACAUUCCACAGGAAACAGAAGCUGAAGAUUUGGAUGAUUCAAUGAUUAAUAUCGCACAAAAUGAUCUUCAGUCUCUAAAUUCUGUUGGAUACAUUCAAGAUUCUGACUCGGAUACUUCUUGUCCACUACAAAUGUAUUCGAAUUCUGAUCCAAGGAAAUUUCUUAAUGUUGAGUUCCCUUCUGCCAGUGAUAAUAACAAUGUUUCACAAAAUCAAUCUGAGUUAAACUCUGAUGAGUACAUUGUCAAAAACGAAUCUAAUGUUUCACCUAUGAAAACUAGUUCUCUUUCGGAAGUAUUUAGCGAUAAUUCAAUGCCUAAUGAAGAGAUGCAUUCAACAAUGGAAACCUCAUUUUCCAAACUUAUGUCAAAGACUGAUUCUAAGAAUUCUCCUAAUGCUUCACCUUAUAAAAAGUUACUACAAAGGAAAGGAAAAUCUGUGAAUGAUCAAAUGAAUCAAGCACAUUCUGUCAUUUCAGAUAAAGAUGAAAUAGAAAACGAUAAAUCAUCGCUUAAUGUACAGGAUUUAUCAAGCAAUGAUAGCAUUGAUAGUAAAUUUAAUUAUGGGAGGAGGCGUAUUAUUCGUGGACUAGCAAAUAACAGUGCAGCUAAUUUGUUAAAUUUAGAAAAACGGAAUGUAGGUAUGCUUCCUGAAUGUGGCGGAAGGUGUUUACGUUCGAAAAGAAAUUGCGAUACAUUGCAAACUGACAAUCAAAUUGUCUCAAAUAAAAAGAAAAGGGCUAAAAAGUCAUGUAACAAGGAGAGAUCUAUAAGUGCAGCGCGAGAUCUAUAAAUAAACAAUUAAAAUGAAAGAUAUAUUGACUUCUAUUUUGCUUAUUUUUCAGGAAUUAAUUUAUUUGCGUAUUAAAUAAUUAUAAAUGAUAAAUUUUUGUAUAAUUGAACUGAUUACUUUCAUGAUCUUUAAAUUUGCAUUCUAUAUAAAAAUGCACGCACUACGUAGUUUGUACAGCAGUAAAAUAAAUCUCUUUUAAUACAACUAAUAUAUCAAUAAAUAUAGUGGAAGAAAAUCGAAUCCUUAUAUAUCAAAGACACUGAAUUUUAUUGAAUACAUUAUAGUGUUUAAUCAGCAAAUGAUCAACAACAGUAAAUAAUGAUAAACACGUAUACUUCUACAUCUCACCUUUGUAUAGAUAUUAACAAUAAUAUAAGAAGCUUUACUUAACAUUAAAAUAGCUGUAUUUGACAUUAUUUACGCAUAAAAUAUUUGUCUUUGUUA